AUGGGAUGUCUCAAACUAAAUUUUGAUGGUGCUACAGAUGUUAGAAAUGGAGUAAGUGGAAUUGGAGCUGUUUUUCGGGUUCACGGGAUCACACGGCAAGCUGAGAGGUGCCCUGGCAGUUCCAAUCAAGUCGGUAAUCUUCCCCCAAGAGCAGUGGAAUCUCUAGCGAUGCUUCAUGGUCUAAGGUUUGCUUUGCAUGUUGGCUUUAAAAAAUUGGAAGUGGAGGGAGAUGCUUUGACAUUUUUAAAUGUUUUGAAUGAUAGUAGUGACGACCAUAGUUCGGAAGGUCAUAUCUUAGAUGAAGUUAAACAGUUACUUAAGUCUUUUAUUAGUUGUAGUUGGCGUUUUGUAAGGCGAGAUUGUAAUAAGGUUGCACAUCGCCUUGCAAAAGAAGCCUUGAAGUUGAGUCAACCUUGGUGGUUCAUCAGUGAGUCGGGGCCUAGUUGGCUUCAUCAGUGUGUCGGUAUGGACUUCGAGUGUGAAGUUUAA